UCACACUUAAUCGAAAUUGCGCGUUUUUUCGUUUACACUUAUUUUCGCAAAAUUUGCAUAUUAUUAUUAAAAUUUGGCUUUAAACAUUCCCAAUGGACUUCCUUCAAAGGGCCCAAGAUCUGCGAUUGUUCAACUUCACCGCCGAACAGAUAGGAGUGGAACACAAACACCUAGUGCGUUUCAUCAUAACGAAAGCCCUUGGAAUGGCCAUCAAAAAGAUCGAGACCCCGGCCACAUCGGCUUUGUUGGAGGCUCAGAAGAAGGAAGUGGUGGACCAGGUUCUGGAAUCCUGCCAGCGGGGCCUGAAGGCUCUGGUGGAUCUGGACAAGAAGGUGUUUCGCGUUCCGCCGAAUGUGCUCUUGGCACAGGAUUUGCAUUUGGAGAGUAAGUUCUCAAGCGAGAAUGAAGAGCAGAAGACGGCCCAGCUUGAGGAAAUGAAGGCGCGAUUUCGAGAGAACAUGGCUAUGCUGGCUCAACUGGAUGCCGAGGAGACCAAGUUUGCAGCAAUGGAGGAUGUCAUCCAAAAGGAAAUUCAAAUGCAAGAAAUAACCAAAGAAGUGUGCUCCUCCUUUAAUGUGAGCAAGCUUUCGCAGUUUUGCAACCAAAUAGCCAGCGAUCAACCAAGUGCCAGCAAGAUUUAAAUGGGAUUCUUGAAAGAGCUUAGAGUUUUAUUAUUGAUUGCAAGGUAUUUAUGUUUGAAAAUAUAUUCCAUAGAGUAUGGUGAAUAGGUUAAA